AUGACCUCGAACACUAUCACGGACAUUGAGGCAAGCCCUUGUCCAAAGGCUAUCACCUUCCGCGUUCCCCCACGUUGGGUUUUCGUCAAAGUCAAAACAUCUGAUAACAUCGUUGGCUGGGGCGAAAGUACAUUGGAAGGCCACACUGAGGCUAUUGAAGGCGCUUUCGACGAUCUCCGCGAACGUUUCAUCGGUGCUGUAGCCGAUAACAUCCAGGAUAUAUGGCAAACCGCUUAUAUGGGGAGGUUUUAUCGCGGAGGCCCGGUUCUCAUGAGUGCUCUUUCCGGUCUCGAUAUUGCACUCUGGGACAUUAAGGGUAAGAGGUUGGGAGUUCCGGUAUGGCAGUUACUGGGAGGCAAGGUUCGGGAUCGAAUCAAAGUAUAUGGCUGGAUCGGAGGAGAUCACCCUAGUGCAGUGGUGAGCGCCGCAGUAGAGCGCAAGGCCCAAGGGUUCACUGCGGUGAAGAUGAACGGAACUGACGCUAUAUCUUGGAUUGAUUCCCCCGAAUUACUUGAAGCUACUGUCGAGCGUGUCAAACAAGUUAGAUCCACCGGACUCGACGUUGGAGUUGACUUCCACGGUAGAUUACACAAGGGCAUGGCCAAACAGCUUGCUAAGCUUCUGGAGCCUUUGCAUCCAAUGUUCAUUGAAGAGCCCCUUCUUCCAACUCAGCCGGAAGAAAUCGCCGACCUAUCCAACGUGAUCUCGACUCCUAUCGCCCUUGGUGAACGACUUUUCACACGUUGGGAUUUUAGGCCCUACCUGGAACGACGAGCGAUUGACAUUGCACAACCUGACGUAUCACACUGCGGCGGGAUCAGCGAACUGCAUCGAAUCGCCAGCUACACAGAGACCUACGAUGUCGCUCUUGCGCCACAUUGUCCAUUAGGCCCUAUUGCACUUGCUGCGUGUAUGCAAGUGGCAAUCUCAGCUCCAAACUUUGUAAUCCAAGAAAUGAGCUGGAAGAUGCAUUACAACAUUGCCGCGGGUGAGGCACUAGGAAUUGAAGCGGACCUUCACACCUACAUGGUCAAUCCGGAAGUGUUUGCCGUCAAGGACGGAUACAUCGCUGCUUUGCAAGGAACCGGAAUCGGAGUUGAGAUAGACGAAGACCAUGUGCGGAAGGCGAGUGAGAUUUAUGUGAAGCAUGCGCCCUGGAGGAACCCGCUUUGGCGUGGGGAGGAUGGAAGUUUGCAGGAGUGGUGA